AUGAGCGUCUUACUGCCCAACAUGGCGGACUUUGAUACCAUUUAUGAGUUAGAGGAGGAAGAUGAACGGAUAGUGAGUGAAGAACACCUCGCCAGAUACUGCCCCGAACCAGUGAUUAUGCGGGGUGCCGGGCACAUCACUGUGUUUGGACUGAGCAACAAAUUUGACACAGAAUUUCCAUCGGUUCUUACAGGAAAGGUCGCUCCAGAGGAGUUUAAAACGAGUAUCAGCCGAGUGAAUGCUUGUUUGAAGAAGAACCUGCCAGUCAAUGUGAAGUGGUUGCUUUGUGGCUGUCUGUGUUGUUGCUGCACAGUGGGCUGUAGCCUGUGGCCUGUCAUAUGUCUCAACAAGAGGACAAGAAGGUCCAUUCAAAAAUUGUUAGAAUGGGAAAACAACCGAUUAUACCACAAGCUGGGGCUACACUGGAAACUCAGUAAAAGGAAAUGUGAGAGCAAUAACAUGAUGGAAUAUGUAAUUCUUAUAGAAUUCUUACCCAAAUAUCCUAUAUUUCGACCUGACUGAGAAGACCACUGGGGGGAUCAUGGUGAAUCACCCUUCUCUCCUCUUCUUAGUGCCUUGUAUAUAUGACGGA